AAGGAAGUGAGACAGUCGGCAGGUGAGAGAGAGAGGUGCCCUGGAAUUAUUCCUCCUAAAAACAACAGCAACAUUGUUUUACUGAGUUACAGAAGACGGAUCGCUUGGCUGUCGAAUGAUCGCUGGAAGUCAAUCAGUCGACACUGACACAGUGAGCGGGGGAACGCUUGGAGUCGAGCCGGUCAUGGACAGGCUGAAGCUGUCACGCAUAGAUGAGGAGCUGGAAUCCUCAGAGGUGGCGGCCCUGUGCUUCUUGUGCCGGGAUGUUGUGAACAGGAAACGCCUGGAGGGGGUCGGAGACGCAAAACAGCUCUUCUUGAGACUAGAAGAAAAAGGUCUGCUGGAUAAUAGCUUCUUCCUGUCUCAGCUGCUCAGUACUAUCCGUCGUACAGAUCUCCUCAACCUCUUGGAGACAGACAACAGUCAACCGGAGGAAACAGAUGCGAGCCCUGCUUUGUCAGCAUACAGGGUGAUGCUAUACAAAAUAUAUGAGGACAUGACCCAGGAGAAUCUUGAAAAGAUGAAGUUUCUUUUGAGCAGCAAGUUGGGCAGAAGACAAACAGAGGCCAGCAAUACAGCGCUGGAUUUAUUUGCUGAAAUGGAAAAGACUGGUUUACUGUCAGACACAAAUCUUCAUGAGCUUCUUCGAGUAUUGCGGGAGUUAGACCAACAACUGGUACUGACUGUGCAGCGCCACAUGGACGAGGCACCCCGACAACAAAUGAGGCCAGCUCCUCCUCACGUCAGUAUGGAUGACCCGAGGGUCAGCAGCACGUCUCAGCCAGCACAGCCACUACCACCUUUUCUGUCAAUAGUUGAGACUCAGCCCAGUUCUGAAGGAGAGAGUACUUCCCCUGAUGCAGAUUCAGACCAAAACACGCCCUCUGCGUUUGAUACGGCAGAUGACUACGCUCUGACUCAUUACCCUCGUGGUUAUUGUAUAGUCAUCAGCAAUGAGAAGUUCACGGCACCAGACCUGAAAAAUCGAGGAGGAACUCGGGAGGAUGAGAAGACUCUGCAGGCAGUGUUCACCCGCCUUGGCUUUACAGUGUACAUUAUGAGAAACCUGACUGCUAAAAACAUUCUAUACAACCUAAGAACCCUGGGCAAAAGCAAUUUUAUGAAUCAUGAUGCCUUGGUGGUAUGUGUCCUGUCCCAUGGAGAAAAGGGAUGUGUCUUUGGGACUGAUGGGCGGCAGGUGUUGCUGCGAUCACUGACAGAACCCUUCACAAGCCACGUCGCCCCCACCUUGGCGGGUAAGCCCAAACUGUUCUUCAUCCAGGCGUGCCAGGGAAGUGGCUACCAGGGAGGAGCCAGGCCUCCUCCCCCGAUGCCGAUUCCCAGCAGUGUACUGGACAUGCUGGAGGAUGACGCAGGUCCUCUCCCUAAUGAGACGGUGCCUUGGGAUGCCGACUUCCUGCUGGGCAUGGCCACGGUGCCAGAGUACAAGUCCUUUCGACACACUUCCACAGGCUCCAUCUACAUCCAGGAGCUGUGCAGGCAGCUGACAAGAUCAGCAGAAAGCCCGGAGAAGGAAGAUAUACUCACUGUUCUGACACGUGUGAACCGGGAGGUCGGCAAAGGACAGUACCUGAAGUACAAACAAAUGCCAGAGCCGAAAUACACUCUGACCAAGAGGCUUGUCCUCAAAUUUGUGUGAACUGCCUAAGAAGUAGUGCAACACUACAAAUGUACCUGCAGUGUUGCUUUAAUCUGCAUAAUGUGUGUAUGACUGUUGUUGAGUGUAGGUACAUUUAGUCUCUUUGUAUGGUGGUGUUGGUUGAAGGUGUAGGUCGAAUGUUGGUGUUUUUGGAGUGUAACAUAAAAAAUGAAAACUAAUGGAAAAAUAAGCAAUUAUACAAUCAUACAGCAAUUUGUACAACAAAUAUCAAGCAGUUUGAAGUUGGAAAGCAAUUUUACAAAUGAACACAUCAAAACCUGAAUAAAUAUGAAUAUUUUACCUACA